GAUCGAUUAAUUGAAUAAAUUGUAGUGACCCAAUACGGUUCCACAAUGUACGAUUAAAGACUUUAACGAAAGAAUGGCUCGUGAAUGAGCUGAAAUCAGCGUGGUAGCGCGAACACGUGGUAGAAUAGACGAUCUUUGCGGGUGACGACGUGGAGUACGCGGUUGGCAAGCGUCUCGCUCCCGAGAAAUCAACAGUUGAGUCCCGAACGUCAAGGCCAAAUAGCCGCCGGCUUCGACCCGAUCGGAGCAGCCUCGGCGGCGGCCAACAUGAUCUCGCUCACGGACUCGCAAAAAAUCGGGAUGGGGCUGACGGGCUUCGGUUUGUUUUUCCUCGUCUUCGGGAUGAUGCUGUUUUUCGACAAAGCUCUCUUGGCUAUCGGAAACAUUCUGUUUGUCUCGGGGUUGUCCUUCGUCAUCGGCCUGGAGCGAACGUUCCGAUUCUUCUUCCAGAGACACAAAGCCAAAGCCACGGGCUUUUUCCUCGGAGAGGUGUUGGCGGUUCUGAUCGGGUGGCCCGUCGUCGGCGUCCUUCUGGAGAUCUACGGCUUCUUCCUCUUAUUUAGGUCGGUUAUUAAAGGCGGGCUCGCUUUGGCUCCGUCGCUGUGCCGGUCCUGCUCAAGUUCUGUGUGUCCGGGCCCCUCAGAGGAUUCUUCCCGGUGGCGGUGGGCUUCAUCAGGCGGAUCCCGGUGCUGGGCUCGUUGCUCGGUCUGCCGGCCAUCGGGACGGCAAGUAUCGCGGUCGCGGGGGCGCGACUCGCGCUCAUUUGAUCUCUUAUUUUUGUUCGAUGAAUCCGGUAAGAAAACGUCAGGAGAUUAUAUGAAAUUGAUGCUGCACAGCCAGAAGUUAUUGCUUUGAAUGAUUAUUGUUUGGUCCUACUCUUUCAAUAGGUAUCGCUUACCUUUUUUUGGGGGGGGUUCAAAUCUCGUUUGCUUUGUUGUUUGUCUUUUUUAUUAAAACGAGGCGGCACGGUGGAUUCAGCUGGCAAAGCGUCGGUGGACCUGGGUUCGAUCCCGGCCCCGCCUGUGUGGAGGUUGCAUGUUCUCCCCGUGCCUGCGUGGCUUUUCUCCGGGCGGGCACUCCGCUUUCCUCCCACAUCCCAAAAACAUGCAACAUUAAUUGGACACGCUAAAUUGCCACAUCGGUGUGAUUGUCUGUCUCCGUGCGCCCUGCGAUUGGCUGGCGACCGGUCCAGGGUGUACUCUGCCUCCUGCCCGUUGACAGCUGGGAUAGGCCCCGGGACUCCCCGUGACCCUUGUGAGGAUAAGCGGCUAAUAAAAUGGAUGAAUGGAUGUUUAAAAUGAACGAUUCAGUUUAGGCUGUAAAAUGUUAGCUAAGAGCCCAAAAUGUUGAAUGUUGUUUUCCAAAGUCAAAGGAAAUGUUUGCAAAUGUCUUCUUUUGAUUUGACGCAAAGACGACGACAGAAAUUGGGGAAAAUUUUCAGUUCUAAUGGCGGACUUGUUGCAGCUGCAACUUGUCUCUUUCAAAAAUGAACGCGAUGACCAAAAGGAAAGUUCCAAUCAAAAUCAAAAACUGAAUUUUUAUCGUUCGGCUAUCCUCCCCGAAGGUAUUGAACAUAUUCGGACACGCUUGUUUGAGUAGUUGAGUGGCAGCGUCGGCCAUCUUGCAAACCUCCAAUUUCGGACCCGCAAAAUACUUUUCCGUCACAAACGAUGGGACGCUUCGUUUCUAGCGAUUUCCGUUCCCUCGCCAUCGACAGCAGGACGCGGCCCGCUUUCGCCGCCUCGUCUUCCGAAUCUUCAACUCAAAGGUUAAAUCCAAGGCCACGCAACGCCGCCAUCUUCUGGCACCGGCCAGUCAUUGCGCUCGUCAAAUCCUGUCGUGACUUUUCUCGUCUUGAUCGAUGUUGUCUCUCUCUCUCUCUC